AUGUCGGAUGUGCAACCUCAGGAACUAGAGAAGAUGCAGCCUUCCAUGCUGGAUGGCUCUGACUCUGAAGUGCCCGGCGAGCUGGUAUUUUCAGACAAUCACAUUUGUGAAGCCGGAAACCUUUUUCUUCUGGACCAGGUGGACGCUACAGACUACUGUCACGUAGCACUCACCACUGAGGGGGAGCUUCUUACAUGGAGCUCCAUGGCUUCUGGGGGGCGGCAAGACCGGAGAACGAUUGCGGCAACCACGAGACAACCUUUUAUUGAGAUGGAUCGAUUCCGAAAUGUCCACGGCUCGAGGUCAGCGGCUCGGGGCGAUGCGGCUUCUGAUUUCAGUGCUGGAGAUUGCACGUAUGGCUCAUCCGAUGCCGCUCAAAAUGGUUGGGCCGGCUGCCCUAAUACCGGUUCUGCCGUCAUGCCCACCGUAUGGCAAGUUCUGGCCCACAAACCAAAUGUGACAGAUGUUGCUUGCGGGCAGGAGCACACUCUUGCCUUACUUGAGACUGGCCAGGUGUUUUCGUGGGGAAAUGGGUACAACGGAAGACUCGGCCUCGGAGACACCCGGGAUCGGUCUUCCGCCUGCCAUAUUGAAGCGCUCCAGGGAAUCGAGAUCGAGGCAGUGUUCUGCGGAGUGUCGCACUCCUUGGCUGUGUGCUCUACCGGAACGUCCUACGCUUGGGGAAAGAACGACUGUGGCCAGUGCGGUGACACAGAUCCUGUUUGCUCGGACGCGAUCUGCCCCAGGUCGAUAGACGGCCUCAAGAACUUUCCAGUGUCCACGAUGGCAGGGGGCUGGGGGCAUUCGUUAGCACUCACUCGCCGCGGUGAACUCUUCAGCUUCGGGGGUAGCUAUAGUCAUGGACGCGACGGAGAUACACCGACGGCAGUUCUUGGCAUUUCCGCAGCAGCGGCUUCUGCUGCCGGUGCGGAUGGGACGCUCGGCAAGCGCGGCGGCGUUCCGCCUACAAGGGUUUGCACUGAUUCCGUGGGUUCUGCGACUGUGAAAGCUAUCACAUCCGGAUGGGAUCAUUGCAUGGCGGUCACAGACGACGGUACAUUGUUCACAUGGGGCUCGGGGCGCUAUGGACAACUAGGCCACGAGGACGCAGGUGGGCAACUAAGACCAAUCAAAGGAGCCGACUUUGGAACGCAGGGCGACAAUUCAGGGCAGGAUGCCGUGUCAGAGAAGUACAAAGAACCUCGCCAUACCCCUACACGAGUUGCCUUCUUCGCAACACCUUCCGGGGGUCGGAUUCGCUCCGCCACGGGAGGACGGACCUAUAGUGCGGCGGUUACCGUUGACGGGCGCGUGUUCAAGUGGGGGCUAGAACGCAAGUUUUGGCCACCGCGUAGGAGUGCAACCGAGGGAGGUAGCAGCAGUCGAGGCCACAGCCUUAGCGAGGAGGACGGAGUGACUGCAGUCGGGGCUUUCGUGCCCCGACUAGUUAUCGGCGAUGGGGUGGAGGUGAGCAUCAGCAUAACCAGUCUGUCCGUCUACGACCCGAGCGUACCCUACGUUACGAGUCAGAAACAAAUUAUGGCGAUCGGCAAGGUGGGUCGGAUUGAGAUGAUAGUGGCGCUCCUGCGUCAUUUCGAGCGGUUGGCCAUACCUCACAUUCCGAAGGACACCACUGUCGAAGUCGAUCGCAGCUUGCGACAGGCAGUGAGAGUCGGCAAGCGGAUUCGAAAGAGGGUGCGUGAAGCAAGAACGGCGGCCUUGGUGAGCUCAAAGCACGAUCAAGAGGUAACAACGACGUCAAGCGCGAAUCGGCAGCAAUUGCAUACGACACGAGAAGAUGACGUUCCGAAUGACGAGCACGAUUCUUCAAAGCACGCCCCGAUGUGCUCGGUAGGAAAUCUGCACGAGAGCCAAGAAGCCAUCGUGUCUGGGACGCGGUCGCCAAUUGCUCCCUUCUGCGUCGAUACCUCGUGGCAGGCUUUUCGCUCGUUCCUUGACCUCAUCAGAGUCGUCCGCGAGAGGAAGAGUCCGAUGCCUACUUCUCCAGCUCGUGAACCCGCUGCGGCUGAUACGGUUGAUUCUGUUGGAGUUCCCAUGGGGAAAAGCACAGGAAACCCCCGAAGUGACCCUGACAACAUUGGCCCCGAGGGAUGUGGAAAGCUGAUCACCGGGAGUGUGCCAACGGCUGAACCCUUUGACAAACAAGCAAGAAUGCAGGGAGAGGAUCUGACGCCAGAAACAACCGAGUGUGUCACGGCAUCCCGAUCGGUUCAAAUGGAGGUAUUGCGCGGAACCCUGAGCUUGCUCAAGGUCAACUUGUUCCAAUUCGUCCGUGUCGCCGUCAUGCGACGCGCUUGCCGAGGAAAUAGAUUAUUUAAUCCAUCACGCAAAGCUCAAACCGGGGACAACGGGGUCAACGUCAAGGACAACGAUUUUCAGACGAAACACAACGACUGGGGGACUCAAGAUGAAGACGGCUUUGGGUCGAAAGAGACGAGCUGUGUCGGCGACGGAGGUACUACGCUAGGCCAGAAAGGGUGUCGAGGUAGCAGAGAAAGUGUCGAAGACCUAUAUGGUGUGAUUGGAGAGCUUCGUGCCGAGCUACAGACUCUCUUGGAAGACGGAGUCACCCACCAAGACCCAGAGACGACCGCCAAGGCUCAGGCUGUUCAAGUCGAGGCCGCGGAAGCGUUCCGGAUUGGCUUCAGCGUUUUUUUCCGGUCCAACCUUGCACGAGUGCAAUUGCUGCAAGACGUUGUGAUAGCACUCAAGACGGCGGGCCCUGUCUCCCUCGAGCAAACCCAACGGCCUCUCGACGACAAAGGAAAAGAUAGGCAAUCUCCUGCGAGGUUGCAGCAGCGGGUGUGCCGGGUCCCUAGAUCGAACACCUUGUUGAUACGGCUCGCGGUUGAAGGUCUUGCUCGGGAUAACUACGCAUCUGCCAUCGUAUCCGGGACCUUCAACCACCAGCGGUCGGAAGGCAACGAGCAGGAGGACAACGGGACGGCAAUCGGGGAAGCUGCUGAGAACUUCGAUGCCACAAAGCUCGACGCUGUGAUGCGAUCGGUGCUUUCUUUCUGCGCCGACGACCUUCAGAAGAGAUUGUGGGGGGGAAGCGUCGUCUCAGAAAAGGCCGUCUUCGAAUACCUCGAACGACCACACCAUCAAAGUCGGACGGACAACAAACGUCGUUUCGGAAGCUCAGAGGUUAGGUGUCAAUACUCGCGCCUGCUCCUAGUGCUUCAGGAACAUGUGAUAGCCUACUGGGGUGACGCGGGCGUUGGUGUCGAGAGAAGAGCCGCUGCUCGCGGAUUAUCCCUUAACCACGCAUCACGUCUACUCGAAGAGAGUCAGCAUAUUUUUUCGAGAUUGCUCACGGAGUGGGACCGAACGACCCGCGGUGCUCAUGGUUGUCGAUCUGACGACGUCCUGACAAAUUCCUUUGUGGCACUCGUCCCUGCGCUCUGCAUCUCCAUAACCUCCCUCCCGACGGAAAGAGAAGACUGCCUGGCCCGGGCAGCUGCGCUGUUGCCGUUGGUUCUGCCGUUAAUGGGUGCCGUGGACCGUUUUAACCGCCUCCGUAUUUCCACGGAGGGGACCGCUGCACCAGUCGGGGACGAACCUUCACCAUCGGACUGGUCGACUCAACUCGAGGAGGCCCUCGCCCAGCUUUCGUCGGACCUCGUGUGUAGCUUGAUAGACAUGAACCCAAUCAAAACGCAACAGCCUAUAUUACGUCGUUCCCACGAAACUGGCUGUGACCGGGAGCCUGACUGGGGCGAAGAGGACAGCGAGGAGCUCGUGGAGAUGUUGCUAGCAUCGUCGCCAUUUCUGGCCUUUGAACGCGAGACGUUUGGCUGUUCGGAUCAACACACCAAGGGUGGUCCCUCGCAGCUGGAUAGCCCCGUCUUCUCUCAAGCUCUUCAGGUGAUCAAACUGCAAGAAGGGUUCACAAAAGAAUCGUGCGGGUGCUCAACGCUCAAGCCGACCAAGCCCAACCCGACACCGAGCAAACUCCAUCCUCAGAACAGUUUAGCUCGAGGGCGCCGCCGGGCUAGUAACGACAACGCCGCUCUGAACCCCAUCGACGCCCGUGUAUCUCCGCACGGUUUGCCUGGUCAUGCAAACCGAGGAUCUACAGGGGGCGGCCGAGGGUCUACGGGGGGCGGGGCGGGGGUAGAGGCAGAAGAGAAUGGCGGAAGAAGCGGCGGAGCUCCUGGGCGACAACUAGAUAGUAUCGUAGACGAUGCUCGCGCAGAGGGUUUCCUGAAUGACCUGCUCUGUGGGCAGGGCGCGGCAUUGUCCCUGUACCAGUGGAUGACAGUCCCACCGGACCCCCAGCUGCCUGUCUUACACGCAACGUCAUUGGCCACACAAGGGCAAGGCUGGGGCAGCUACCAGUCGCUCAAUUCUCACCCCGUACCUGAUCAACAGGACAGUGAAGGCAGCCACCGGCGGCGGCGAUCUAGUGCUCUCCCGUCUGACGUGGACGCGGCUACUCGGGCUCUCGUAGCAGUGAUCAUCAAGAGCAACGGGGUAGUGACCGAAGCUGCUACGUUUGCCAGGUGUAGGCUUGAUCGUGCGAGUUCUCCUCCUCGGGCACUGAAGCUGAUAGCUGCGGCGGCUGCCGAAGUGCGCGAUGUGCUGGCGGGACUUGCCGAUUCGCUCGAGGGGGACAAGCACCCCGAUUUAAAGUUUUCCUCUGACAAACACGACCACCAGAAUGAGGAAGGCGGUGCUGGACGGAACGACGAAGGUAGUGCUGAAACCCGAGAAAAAGCGGCUGCUACCGGUCUACAACCGACGGCCGAAACGCUUACAAACAUUGUCCGCAACUGCCGCCUUCUUCUCAAGCACUCCACCCGCCUACCUUCGAUCGACCUUGCGCGGUGA